AUGAAAAAAGUCAGAAUUUUAACCAGAGUUGAGCAUGAGAAGAGGGGGGAGGGAGAAGAGAAGGGAAAAGUAUGGUAAAGCAAGGCAAGAUAAGACAAGAUCGAGGAAAAACAGGACAAAGAAAGGACAAAGACAAGGCAAAGAAAAGGCUAAGGCAGGGCUAAGGAAGAGCUAGAGCAGGACAAAGGCAAGGCAAGGCAAGGCAAAGCAAGGCAAGGCAAGGCAAGGCAAGGCAAGGCAAGGCAAGGCAAGGCAAGGCAAGGCAAGGCAAGGCAAGGCAAGGCAGAGAAGGAUAUAACAGAAUAGAGUAGGUAAACGAAUGUGAUAUAGUUCAUAUUGUAGUAUAUUCAAUACUUCAACCGUAACAAAAGAACAAUGACAAGAGUACAGACGACUAAACCAAGUUUAAGAUUCUAAAAGAUUAGUUGUAGGAAUAGUCCAAUCUAUAAAGAAAUUUUUAACUUUUUUUACAAAUUUUUAAAAAAUAGUUAGGAUUUCUCUAUCAAAGUGCAAAACGUUAUGUGUGAAUUCGCCAACUAAAGCAAGUAUGUAAUCACUGAACUUUUCCGGAAGAUGGUAUUUGUAUGUUAUAUACUACGUCAUUGAUAACAAGUACUUCAAUUUAAAAUGAAAUAUAUAAUACCUUAAAGAUAUACCUUCUGUAACGAUACGUAUAGCUAACAUAAGUAAAAGCUUUUGCAACGUGCACAGAGUAGCAUAUCAUAGAAGAACACAUCUUAGAGGAGCACAUCAUAGAGGAGCACAUCAUGAAAGAGCAUAUCAUAGUUGACAGUACAUAUUGAUGCACAUAUGAUGUGAAAAUAAUAGUGCAAGCGAAAUAACUAUAAAAUUCACAAAAAUAUAAACUUGCAAAGACCUACAUUACUUUAUUUUCAAAAUUUACUCAUGACAUUGUACUUUAUAUUUACAUACUUAAAAGUUGCAAAAGUAACAUACAAAGAUAUAUAAGAUAAAGCUACAAAGAUAGUUAAGAUAUCAAAGGUACAUAACAAUGCAUAAAUAUUGAUGACCAAGUACAAUAUACUAUUGUAUUUUACUAAACACGUGGGAUGUGACAACCCAUAACUGCUAUAUUACGUAGAAUGUUAUCGUAGCAUUUUAGAGAAAAUGUUAAUUGUCCGCGUAACAUACUUGACACAGUUUUACAAACGAUUACAAGUACAAUAUGUAAAGUGUUGCCAAAAAAAGCUGGCUUACAAAAUGGCAUUUACAAUUUUUAUCAAAGACUAUUACAGAUUACUUUGUAUAUUAAUUUCUUCGACUAGCCAGAGACUAUAACCGAUCGUAGACAUCGAUUUACUCUUGGCAUAGUCUAGAAAUUGCAGCGGUAAGUGCAAAAAAAGUCUAGCCCUACCGAUCAAAAAUACAAAAAAUCUCCUGUAUUACGUUGUUCAAGUAAUUCUGUGCCCUUCUCAAAACAAAUCUUUAUGUUUUGGGGCUCAGAAUUAAGCAAAAACAUCAACCUUUGAUAACAUAGUCUACUGCAAAGCUCAAAAACUCAAUUGAAGCCCUUGACUAUUGCACGAAGCUGUUUCACAGAACAGUCAAAUUUUCAACAGUGCAGCAAAAUACGAGAAUGUUUUAAAUACAGUUACUACUUCCGUAUCUCAAAGAACUGUUUACGCAAUAAGUACGUGCUGGUCAGUAAGAUUUGCUAUAAUUUGAGAGGGUCGGAUUAAUGCUCUUUUACCGGAACAUGAUGCACAAAACAUCGUCAUGGACAAGUUGUUUGCAGCUUGUUUCAUCAUUUUGAACGUGGCUUAUUUAGAAUAACAUUGUCUAUAAAUGCUCAUCUAAGGCUAAGGCUAAGGUUAAAGCUAAGGCUAAAGCUAAGGCUAAGGCUAAGGCUAAAGCUAAUGCUAAGGCUAAGGCUAAGGCUAUGGCUAUGGCUAAGGCUAAGGCUAAGGCUAAAGCUAAGGCUAAGGCUAAGGCUAAAGCUAAGGCUAAGGCUAAGGCUAAGGCUAAGACUAAGGCUAAGGCUAAGGCUAAGGCUAAGGCUAAGGCUAAGGCUAAGGCUAAGGCUAAGGCUAAGGCUAAGGCUAAGGCUAAGGCUAAGGCUAAGGCUAAGGCUAAGGCUAAGGCUAAAGCUAAUGCUAAGGCUAAGGCUAAGUUAACCUAA